AUGAUAGUGCUGCUGUUCUUGCAGCAGGCUGUUUCAUCACCUUCUGCAACUACUACACAUUUGUGUUCUGACGUGCAAAAGCUUGCAUUGUUUCAGUUUAAGCUCAGUUUGUCAAUAGAAGCUUGUGCUUCUACACAUUGUGAUAUUUCUCAUCCAAAGACAAUGAGUUGGACCAUGAGUUCUGAUUGCUGCUCAUGGGAUGGAGUGACUUGUAAUCAGUUGACUGGAGAUGUGAUCGGAUUGGACCUGAGUUGCAGCUGCCUUGGAGGAUCCAUACUUCCCAAUAGCACCCUCUUCCAACUUUCUUAUCUCCAGUUUCUCAACUUUCGUGCCAAUAAUAUUAGUGGAGUACUACCUCAAGGAAUUUUCCACCUACACAACUUGAAACAAUUAAGGGUAGACUAUAACUCCAAUCUCACUAUUAGCUUGCCAGAAGUUAAGUGGGAGAGUAGUAGUAGUCUGCAGAUACUUUCCCUUUCAGAAACAACCUUUUCUGGAGGAAUACCAGAUUCCAUAGGCUACCUCAACUCCUUAAGCAGCUUGUCUCUCCGGAAGUGCAAGUUCUCUGGGCUGAUACCAAGAUUUAUUGGGAACCUCACUCGACUUACUACGUUAGAUCUGAGUUCCAAUAAUUUUAGUGGCCCAAUUCCGGACUCUUUUGCUAAUCUUCAAAACCUCACAUACCUUUUCCUUGAUAUUAACAAUUUAGUCGGUCAGUUCCCUUCUUGGGUUGCCAACCUUAGACAGCUCGUUGGUUUAGAUCUGUCUGAUAAUGGUUUAGAUCUGUCUGAUAAUUCACUAAGAGGACCCCUUCCCUCCAACCUAACAGCUCUCCAACUUCCACAAUUAACUGCUCUCUAUCUAUCAAAUAACUCAUUGAACGGCACAAUACCAUCUUGGUUGUUUGAUCUUCCAUCAUUAGCUGAAUUAUCACUAGAUCAUAACGACUUCACAGGUCAGAUAAAAGAGUUCAAUUCCUCUAGGUCGCCGCUAAGGUCUUUUUCUUGUGCCAACAAUUUACUUAAUGGAAACAUUCCACUGUCACUCUCUACACUUGUGAACCUCAUUGAUCUAGAGCUUUCCUCAAACAAUUUCCCUGGUUUCUUGGAUGUCGAUAUGUUCUCACACCUGUACACUUUGGAUCUUUCACAUAAUGGUCUAUCAUUGAGAAUCACAAAUAUGACUAAGUUCAAUCCAAAUCUUGAAAGUUUGGGCUUGGCAUCUUGCAAUAUAAAGAAGUUCCCACACUUUAUUAAAUCCUUAGAACACCUUCAAGACCUAGAUUUGUCCAACAAUUUAAUUGAUGGUGAAAUACCUCAAUGGAUUUGGAAGGAUUCUUUGAAUGAUCUGGAUCUUUCUCAUAACUUCUUAACUGGUGGACUUCAUCAUCUUCUGCAGAACAGGCUAUUUUUUCUCAAACUCCAGUAUAAUACGCUCAGCGGAUCCUUGCCAGACUCUAUCUGCAACUCAAGCUCUCUUGAAAUUCUCAAUUUGUCUCACAACAAUUUCACAGGUGCACUUCCCACAUGUUCAAGAAGUUUAGAGUCCAGUCUUUCAGUGUUAGGUGUGCUCAUAAAUAGAAUAAGUGGAAGUCUUCCAUCAACUUUAUCAAAUUUUCGGAUGCUGAGAAGUUUAAAUUUGUAUGGGAAUAAACUUGAAGGAACAGUUCCUCCUUCCUUUGCUAAAUUUGAUCACUUAGAAGUUCUUGAUCUCGGAAGUAAUCAACUAAAUGGCGCCUUUCCCCAGUGGCUGGAAUAUCUUAAAAAUCUCCAGGUUCUUAUUUUGAAAUCUAAUAAAUUUCAUGGCAUGAUAAACAAUAGUUCUAAGAUAGAACACCCGUUCCCUAGCCUUAGGAUCAUUGACCUAUCUGACAAUAUGUUUUCGGGUCCUCUGCCUGCAAAAUAUAUCAAAAAUUUUAAGGCUAUGAUGGAUGGUGAAGUCAAUAGAAAGGAAAGAAGUUAUAUGGGGAACUCCUAUUAUAGUGAUACAAUUAUCACAGUAAUAAAAGGGGUAGAGACUGAGUAUGUCAAGAUUUUAACUGUAUUCACAACUAUUGAUCUAUCGAGAAACAAGUUUGAAGGGCAAAUUCCAGAAUACAUUGGUAAUCUGAAGUCACUCAUUAAUCUGAAUCUAUCUCAGAACCAUCUCACAGGCCAUAUACCAUCCUUAAUUGGAAACUUGCUAUUGCUCGAGUCACUAGACUUCUCUUUCAACCGACUCACAGGAGUAAUUCCUCAACAGCUAACAAGUAUUUAUACUCUUUCGCGUCUAAAUCUCUCUCAUAAUGAUCUUAGUGGACGUAUACCAGAAGGAGCUCAGUUUUAUACAUUUCAAAAUGAUAGCUAUGCAGGGAACUUGGCGUUGUGUGGACAGCCAUUGUCCAUUAAGUGUGAGAGAGAGACUAAUGAGAUGCAAGAAGAAGAAGACGAGGGUGAUGAUUACUUUUUCAAUGGUUUUACAUGGGAAGCUGUUGUGAUCGGAUAUGGCAGUGGUGUGGUGCUGGGGUUUGUAGUAGGAUACAUUAUGUUCAUGGUGGGAAAACCAAAAUGGUUUAUGGGAAUUAUUGCCCGAGAGUUAGGCCUCAAGGUCAGAAGACUGGAGAUCAAAAGAUUUGCAUAG